CGGGGUUUCACCGUGAUAGCCAGGAUGGUCUUGAUCUUCUGACCUCGUGAUCCGCCCACCUCGGCCUCCCAAAGUACUGGGAUUACAGGCAUGAGCCACCGCGCCUGGCUGAAAAAUCCUUCUUUUGAGUUUGAAUGGAGCAGCAGCCAAGCUGGACAGAUGACCUGCCACUCUGCCACCUCUCUGGGGUUGGCUCAGCCUCCAACCGCAGCUACUCUGCUGAUGGCAAGGGCACUGAGAGCCACCCACCAGAGGACAGCUGGCUCAAGUUCAGGAGUGAGAACAACUGCUUCCUGUAUGGGGUCUUCAACGGCUACGAUGGCAACCGGGUGACCAACUUUGUGGCCCAGCGGCUGUCCGCAGAGCUCCUACUGGGCCAGCUGAAUGCUGAGCAUGCCGAGGCCGAUGUGCGGCGCGUGCUGCUGCAGGCCUUCGAUGUCGUAGAGAGGAGCUUCCUGGAGUCCAUUGAUGAUGCCUUGGCUGAGAAGGCAAGCCUCCAGUCGCAAUUGCCAGAGGGAGUGCCUCAGCACCAGCUGCCUCCUCAGUAUCAGAAGAUCCUUGAGAGACUCAAGACGCUGGAGAGGGAAAUUUCGGGAGGGGCCAUGGCCGUUGUGGCGGUCCUUCUCAACAAUAAGCUCUACGUCGCCAAUGUUGGUACAAACCGUGCACUUUUAUGCAAAUCGACAGUGGAUGGGUUGCAGGUGACACAGCUGAACGUGGACCACACCACAGAGAACGAGGAUGAGCUCUUCCGCCUUUCGCAGCUGGGCUUGGACGCCGGGAAGAUCAAGCAGGUGGGGAUCAUCUGUGGGCAGGAGAGCACCCGGCGGAUCGGGGAUUACAAGGUCAAAUAUGGCUACACGGACAUUGACCUUCUCAGCGCCGCCAAGUCCAAACCAAUCAUCGCAGAGCCAGAAAUCCACGGGGCACAGCCACUGGAUGGGGUGACAGGCUUCCUGGUGCUGAUGUCAGAGGGGCUCUACAAGGCCCUAGAGGCAGCCCAUGGGCCUGGGCAGGCCAACCAGGAAAUUGCUGCAAUGAUUGACACUGAGUUUGCCAAGCAGACCUCCCUGGACGCAGUGGCCCAGGCCGUGGUGGACCGGGUGAAGCGCAUCCACAGCGACACCUUCGCCAGCGGUGGGGAGCGUGCCAGGUUCUGCCCCCGGCAUGAGGACAUGACCCUGCUGGUGAGGAACUUUGGCUACCCACUGGGUGAAAUGAGCCAGCCCACAGCGAGCCCGGCCCCAGCUGCAGGGGGACGAGUGUACCCUGUGUCUGUGCCAUACUCCAGUGCCCAGAGCACCAGCAAGACCAGCGUGACCCUCUCCCUUGUCAUGCCCUCCCAGGGCCAGAUGGUCAACGGGGCUCACAGCGCUUCCACCCUGGAUGAAGCCACCCCGACCCUCACCAACCAAAGCCCGACCUUAACCCUGCAGUCCACCAACACUCACACGCAGAGCAGCAGCUCCAGCUCCGACGGGGGCCUCUUCCGCUCCCGGCCCGCCCACUCGCUCCCGCCUGGUGAGGAUGGCCGUGUUGAACCCUACGUGGACUUUGCUGAGUUUUAUCGCCUCUGGAGCGUGGACCAUGGCGAGCAGAACGUGGUGACGGCACCAUAGGGCAGCCGGGGAAUGCAGCCCAAGCAGGGCCUGGCGUGGGGCAGGACAGGGUCCAGCCUUUUCCUAACAUCUGCCUGUGCCACAGCGGCCAGCAGGCACCUCGUCCUCAGCCCGCAGCAGACUCUAUCCCGUGGCUCGCCGGGCAGUAGAGGGUGUGAGUGCAACCUGGACCUGUGGUUCACACCUUGUUACCACACAGGAAGCUGAAGGCCACUUCCUCGCAGGGGGCCUCAGCCAGGACCAUCGCCCUUUCUCAGAGCGGAGGGCCAGGUGUAGAAGCUGCAGCAGUCCUGCAAGCCGCCCGAGCCUCCCCAGCAGCCUCCUGCAGAGCAGGAAGAGGUGCCCUGUGAACCCUGAGUGUCGCAGGCCCAGUAGACCCUGCUGUCCCAAGCCCACCCCUCCUCCCACCAUCACCUCCCUCACCUCGGGACAGUAGCCUCCCGCUUCUCCGGCCUCUCGGCCCUGUGCUCCUACGUCCAGAGUGGAACCCAGGCUGGUGCCCACGUCUGUCCCUGGUCCCCAUCCCUGGUCCUGCUUUGGUUGUGUCAUCUGUGGUAAACAUUCGGGAGGACCAGGGCAGCAUCCGGGACCUGGGAUGGCCACAGAAGGGGCAGGCCAGGUGGAAAGGAGCCGGGGGAAGUGGUCUAAGAGACCUGGAGCUGCCAGAGGAGGGCAGCCUGGGCCUCCCCAGAGCCGGGCAUGCGGGAGAGGUGAGGACUGACCCUGGCAGACUGAGGCGGGGGCUGCUCUUGUCAGGCCUGAGCCAGGGUGAGCCAGUGUCGCCUUGCGUUUUCCUUCUGGUGCUGCGAAGACCAUAGGCUGGCAGGUGGCUGAGAUGAACUCUCUUUACCACUGAUGAGGGUCCUCUACCGGCUGAGGGUAGCAAGCAGGGGUUGUGAGUCAGGCUGGGGGACCUGUUUGAAAGAAAGAAGAGUGGAAAAUGGUUCCAGGAGGGAAGAGGUUCUUUGAGACACACUACCCUGGGAGGCACAGGAGAAGGGUUGGGCUGGCCCGGCCCUGGGCCAGAGUUAAGACUAUUUCACACAGGUUCUCUGCCUUCAGUGGGGAGGGGGUGCCACCAGGGCUGUCGGCCAGGAUUGCCACUCCUGUUUCAGAGGAAGAAGCAGGCCAAGAGAAUUGCACCUUGGCCAAGCCACACAUUCAGUGGGGCAGCCAGAGCUCAGACUUGAGCCAUUUAGUUAGUAUCCAGGGACCCCUGGAUUCUCCACGCCCUCCCCAGCUCCCAGUCUCCCUGCCCACCAUGUCCCAGACCAGCCCACCAGCGACUGGCCACUGUUGCACAGCUUCCAGGGUGCUUGGUCUCUGCAAAGUCAAAGGCCUGACAGCUCUGUGACCCAGGAAUCCAUUUUCCUACGGCAGAGCAGGGCCUGGUGUGGAACCAGGGAGCUGCGGGAAUCCACAGCAGAAAUGGAAGAAAAACAGGUCUCAGCCCAGGAUCCUCACUCACUCCCCCACCCCCCACUUUGAAGCCAUCUCUGUUCUGCAGGUGAGAAGGUUUAAAGUCAGUCACAAAGGCUUGGGAACAAAAAGGAUUUCUCUUCUAAGAAUGCCUCUGUGGUGCUGUUUGGUCUCUAGAAACAGGGUCACUUUUUUAAUGCAGUAAAGAAGUAAUAAAUGGUGGCAUUACACAUUGUGAUAUUAAUAGUGCUGUUGCUCAUGUUUCCUGUAACUCGCAGCGGCCCUGGGAGGUGGACGCCUCCCCUCUUCACUCCCCUGGAGGUUCAAGAACUCCGCUCACCAGGCUGCUAAGUGGCAGGGCUGGGAUUUGAACCCAGGCCUCUGGCUGCAUUCCACGCUGCCACCUCCACAGCCCAGGGGAAACAUGGCUUGCCUGUUACCUCCUGGGCCCACUCUCCGGCCCAGGUGUGUUCAUGCACAUCUGGAGGGGGUGACAGGGUUUCCCUGCUGCAGGCCAAGCCCUCUGGCCCAUGACCAGUGGUAGGGCUGUGGUGCCAGUUCCACUCUUGCUGAGAGGGAGCCUAGGGUCUUGGUGUGUGAGUGGUGCUGUAGCCACCCAGUGCUCAGGUCACCAGGGCGAGGCCUUGCCCUCUUUGCCGGCUAGUUUGCUUUAUUGGGUUUUGCUUUGGGGAAGGAUCUUCUAUAAAUACCAGUCCAUAGAGCACUUCAUCCUGCUUUCUGGGACUUAAGAACUCAUCCCUCUAAGAAGAGCCUCUGCAACAGAAACCGAAAGAGUGCAUCUGCCUAGGAACAAAGCCACGCUCUGUCUGGUGUGGUCAGAGGGUCCCGGAUGUCCCCCCGCUCCGCUCUGCUGGGCAGGGACUGUGCCUGCAGAGCUUCCUUCCAGGAUCUGUCCUUCUCAGCCUCCGCAGCCAAGCCGCCAGGGGUCCUAAGGACCACUAUGGCCCCUGAACACUCCUGGAGCUGUGGUGUCAGCCCUGCCACCCGAGAGAGACAUGGUGAAUAACUGAGGCACAGACAGGUUCAAGCACAGUCCUGGUCACAAGUGGCCACCAUGCAACUCUAGGCCCCAGGCCUCUCCCAGCACCUGCUCUGCCCUCAGUGUGGGGCCAGGUGCUGCACUGUUGGCUUUGUGUCCUCUGUCCCUAGCCUUGGUGUUAUUUACUGCACUUGAACCUGUCUCCUGGAGGGAAAUGAAGGUGAGAAGGACGCUGUUUCAGCCAAGAGGAGAAGCUCAGGAGUGGAUUUGAGGACUUAAGGGGCCAGGAGUCAAGGUAAGAAAAGCGAACAGCACAGCCAGGCGGAGCUUUGCAGCCCUGGGCGAGAGUCACUACCACCAUCCGCAUCCCCAUGUGGCAUCUGACACAAGGUGGGCCAACGUGGCCCUCUCCAGCCUGUCUGCCUCCCGUAGCCUCCAUGGGGAAAGCACUGAGGUGGGAUCAGAUGGAACCAGGGAAACCCAUCCCCCACCCACUGCCCCUACCCUCUCGUUUCUUAAGACAUCAGUCUCAGCCGGGCGCGGUGGCUCACGCCUGUCAUCCCAGCACUUUGGGAGGCCGAGACGGGCGGAUCACGAGGUCAGGAGAUCGAGACCAUCCUGGCUAACACGGUGAAACCCCGUCUCUACUAAAAAUAUAAAAAAUUAGCCAGGCAUGGUGGCGGGCACCUGUAGUCCCAGCUACUCGGGAGGCUGAGGCAGGAGAAUAGCGUAAACCCAGGAGGCGGAGCUCGCAGUGAGCCGAGAUAGUGCCACUGCACUCCAGAGCCUGGGCAACAGAGCGAGAUUCCAUCUCAAAAAAAAAAAAGACACCAGUCUCUCCCAAAACCCAGCUAAGUCCCUGGCUCCACCGAGGUCCUAGCCCUCAGAAAUCCCAUUGUCCCAGGACAGGGGCAGGUGGGCUGGGGGCUGGGGGCGCCGCAGCACCUGUGAGCCAUCUUCACUAGGAGUUAUACCAUCCUGGUCUGGUCCUCUCAUUCUCUCAUGAGCCGGGAGCUGGCGGCAGAGCCAGGAGCAGAGCUUCAGAGCAGGCUCCCCAUGAUUCCCAUGUCGGGGUGUUUCUGCCAUUGGCAGUGGGGGCAGCAGGGCCUGUCUGGAGCGACUCCAGGCUGCUCAGACAUCAAAGGGAAAAGCACCCAAUUGUGCUGUUUGUGGGGCUAGUUCCUUCUUGUCCUUCAGGUCUUAGCACAGAUGCCCCUUCUGGAGAGAGCCCUUCCCUGACCCCCCACCCCGCCACCCACUGCCCGUCUCCCUGUUGUUUCCUCGUAGGACACUCUCUGUCUUUAUGCGUGUCUCCUCUCGCCUGCGCCAUGGCAAGGGCUUUCUGUCUGUUAUUCCACUAGGUCCCAGUCAGGCACGCAGCAGCCUCUCUCACAGGCAUGGCAUGAGUCAGGGAGGAAGGGACAGAGGGAAUGGUCGUGUGACCUUGGGCAGUUACUUCGGCUGGUUUUUCAUGUACAAAAUGAGGCAAUGACCCACUUAGACUGCUGAACACAUCGAGUGGCCAUAGCUGUAAGAAGUGAGAUCUGCCCUUGUCCUACUGAUGGAGAGUCAGGGACAGGUGGUAAGAGCGUUAGCUGAGAUGUCCACCCAUCCGCCACAUGCCUGUGGGCACUCUUGUGCCAUGAGGGCGUGGUCUGGACCCUGGUGGAAGCAGGUACUGAGUCGGUGCUACCUGCAGCCUCCUCAGAGCCUAGCUCUUGGGCAGCGGGCGUGGUUCUGGCCUCUUCACAGCCUAAGCGAAGACAGAGGCUAUGGGCCAAGCUCCUGAAAUUUCCGUCGACAAGGGCAUCUUUCAUGAGUCUCCUUCUGGGCCCCCCGUUUUGGAACCAAACAAGGAUGCAGAUCUCUGCCAAUCCCGAUGAGUUCGCAUGAGCACAGGCUCUGUUCCCACGCAGAGGUGAUGUCAGCCCCGAGCAGAGACAGGCACUUGGCAUUCCACGAGCCUGGGCGGCCGCGUCAGGGACAGACACAGUGUCUGACAGCCGGCUUUGAGAAGUAUUGACACCAGUUCACAGACUCCAUUCCUGCCUUCAGAGACCCCCAGAAAGGUGAAAGGACCCCAGGUUGUGUGACCAGUCACCUGAUCCAGCCCCUUCUUGUCCUGGUUCUCCCAUCACAGAGGGGCCAGGGCAGGGCAGGAGUGGGCCUGAGAGCCCAUGGCUGGUUUCCACAUGCGCCACGAUUAAGCUCCUGCACUCGGCAUUUCAGCAAAGCCAUCUUGUACUGACACCAGAACCUUCUGUGGGUCCAGCCUCCUACCUCUGGGCACCUGCUGUGUGGGAGUCACUCCCCCCAGACCUGGAUGCUCCUCCAGGCAUCCCAGUAGCUCAGGGCCGGCCCCUGGGAUGUGUCUAAGAACAUGAGUGGACAAAUAGAUGGACUGCCCAGAGCAGGGCUUCCGGGACUUCAUUGCAGGAUAUGUCGUCACCCUACAGAAAACUACCCCCACCCUGGGACACCCCGAGUUUUGGGGUUUGUAAGAAAUUACGUGUCUCAUUUAUUUUGAACAGGUGAAUUUUGCAGUCAAAUUCUUGUGUUCCAUUUGAGUACAAAAAUAGCAUUAUCUUUUCAAAAGUAACAUUCUGAAAUUACUCAUUAAGUAAAUUGAUGCUUCAGGAA